AUGGAUGACCCCUAUCAAAACAAUGUGAACCAGCAGAUGACAGAGGGUGGAGAGUACACCUACACCCAGGAUGGAGGGGGUCAGGACGGCUACCCUUACCAGACAGACUACCCUCCACAGGAGGAGGAUGCUGCUAGUGAUGCCACAGAGGGCGCAGACGAUGAUGAGCAGAUGUAUGAGGGGGAGUACCAGGGCAUCCCUCAUCCAGAUGAGAUCAAGGAGGCGAGGCGGGCGGCUCGGAUGGAGGCCAGGAGGAAAGCCCGUAUGGCUAAAGAGCAGGAGGAGGAGGAGGAGAACCUGCCGGAGCAGUAUGAGACCAUCAUGGAGGACUGCGGCCAUGGACGCUUCCAGUGGACCUUGUUCUUCGUGCUGGGACUGGCGCUGAUGGCUGAUGGUGUGGACGGCUUCGUGGUGGGAUUCGUCAUGCCCAGUGCUGAGAAGGACAUGUGCAUAUCCAACUCUGACAAAGGCCUUCUGGGUUUGCUGGUCUAUGUAGCCAUGAUGGUGGGGGCAUUGGUGUGGGGGGGUCUGUGUGACAAGAUGGGGAGGCGGAAGUGUCUGAUCUACGUCCUGACCAUCGACCUGGUCUUCUCCUUCCUGUCGUGCUUCGCCCAGGGUUACGGCUUCUUUCUCUUCUUCAGGUUCUGUUCCGGCUUUGGGAUCGGCGGUGCCAUCCCCAUAGUGUACACCUACUUCACUGAGUUCCUGCAGAUGGAUAAACGUGGAGAACAUCUGAGCUGGCUCUGCAUGUUCUGGAUGCUGGGAGGCCUGUACGCCUCCUUCACCGCCUGGGGAAUCAUCCCUCACUAUGGUUGGGGUUUUGCCAUCGGAACAGAGUUUCAGGUCCACAGUUGGAGAUUGUUCAUCUUCGUGUGUCUUUUCCCUGCGCUGGCUGCACUGAUUGGAAUCGUCUUCAUGCCGGAGAGCCCACGAUUCCUCCUGGAGAAUGCAAGACAUGACGAGGCGUGGAUGGUGCUGAGACAAGUUCAUGACACUAACUGGAAGGCCAAAGGAGAGCCGGAGAGAGUUUUCACUGUGACCAACAUCAAGACUCCACAAACUCAGGAGGACGAGUUCAUAGAGAUCCAGAGCGACACUGGAACUGCAUUCCAGCGCUGGACCGUCAGGCACAUGACCAUGCUGCAACAGGUGAUGGCUAACAUCAUGUCACUGUCGGCUCCAGAACUCAGACUCCAAGGCCUCUUCCUGGUCAUCAUCUGGUUCUGCAUGGCUUUCAGCUACCACGGGCUGGGAGUCUGGUUUCCUGAUAUGAUCAAAUACAUGCAGUACGAGGAGUACGAGUCCAAGGUCCGAGUGUUUCACCGAGAACGGGUCGAACGUUUCCACUUUAACUUCUCUCUGGUGAAUCAGGUCCACCGUGAGGGGGAGUACAUCCAUGACAAGUUUGCAAAUAUCGAGAUUAAAUCUGUGAAGUUUGAAGACUCACUGUUUGAAAACUGCUACUUUGAGGAUAUUAAGUCUACCAACACCUUUUUUGAGAACUGCACCAUCAAGAACACCGUCUUCUACAACACAGACCUCUGGCAGGAAAAGUUCAAAGACUGUCGAAUGGAAAACACCACCUUCCUCCACCCAAAGAAAGGCUGCCAUCUGAACUUCCAAGAGGAGAACGACAUCGUCAUCUACAUGGUCAGCUUCCUGGGAAGUUUGGCUGUGUUGCCUGGCAACAUCAUCUCAGCACUGUUCAUGGACAAGAUAGGACGAAUCAGAAUUAUAGGUGGCUCCAUGUUGGCGUCCUCAGCCUGUACUUUUCUGUUACUGCUGAGCUUCAGUCAAGGCGCUGUUAUAUGUUGGCAGUGUCUCUUCUAUGGUGCCAGCGUGGCGGCCUGGAACGGACUAGAGGUCAUAUCUGUUGAACUCUAUCCCUCUGCCAAAAGAGGGACAGCGUUCGGUAUCCUAAAUGGGAUCUGCAAGUUCGCCGCCAUCAUUGCCAGCUUCAUCUUCGCAGCCUUUAUUGGCGUCACUAAGAUCAUCCCCAUCUUCCUGGCCUUCGCCGCCCUCGUCUGUGGGGGUCUGGUGGCUCUGAAGCUGCCUGAAACCCGGGAGAAAAUCCUCUCUUGA